AGUCGACUUUUCAUUUUAUCGAUAGUUGAAAGUGGACAAAAAAUUUGUUUUUUUUUCUCUCAGUUUAGUUAUUAUUUUGUACAAUUGGCAUAAUCAAUAAACAGCAAGUGGUGUUUUCGCGAUAUAAAGGCGACGUCAUUGUAAUUACAUAUGUAGUUGUUGGGGCUACUUGCUGAUAUUGGUUCACCUUGAUAGGGGUAGUGGAAAUAUUACCAUUUACUUCGUCUAACUUAUCGGGCAUAUCCAACUUCACCCACUGACAUUACAUCAAAAUGAAGAAGAUUUUUUCUAAAUUCGACAAAAAUGAAAAGCUUGAGUCACAUCACAACUCCACAAAGGAAGUAAAUAGCUUUGUUGGGAAAGUGUUUACUGUUGGACGUGUCACGGUUACUAUAGAGGAUGUUCUGGCGGAAGGAGGAUUCGCCAUGGUGUUCCUUGCAAGAGGAAAUGUGGGCAAUACAAAAUAUGCGCUUAAGCGAAUGUAUGUCAACAAUGAACACGACCUUAACGUAGCUAAGAGGGAAAUACAAAUCGCAAGCAAUCUAAAUGGCCACAAGAAUAUAAUAGGAUAUAUUGAUUCCAGCAUAACACAUACUGGAAAUGGGGUUUGCGAAGUACUGUUACUAAUGCCGUAUUGUAAAAAUCAUAUGCUGUCUAUGAUGAAUGCGCGCUUACAAGUAGGGUUUACGGAACAGGAAGUUUUGACUAUAUUCUGUGAUAUCGCCGAAGCAGUCUCUAGACUACAUUAUUGUCAAACUCCAAUUAUACAUCGUGAUUUGAAAGUAGAAAAUAUUUUACAAAAUGAUGCCGGAAACUUUGUUCUCUGCGAUUUUGGAUCAGCAACGGCGAAAGUUUUAAAUCCCCAACAGCAUGGCGUUUCUGCUGUGGAAGAGGAAAUCCAGAAAUAUACGACACUCUCAUACAGAGCACCUGAAAUGGUAGAUCUUUUUAGUGGAAAAAAUAUAACAACAAAGGCUGAUAUUUGGGCACUGGGAUGUUUGUUGUAUAAACUUUGCUUUUUUACAUUACCUUUUGGAGAGAGCACCUUAGCCAUUCAGAAUGGGACUUUUUCUAUCCCAGAUAAUUCAAAAUAUUCUAGGGGCAUGCAUCAGUUGAUUCGAUUCAUGUUAGAGACCGAUGCGGAAAAACGACCAAAUAUUUGGCAAGUUUGCGAUGUUGCUUUUCCACUAAUUGGCAAAGACAAUCCGGUCCAGAAUUUGCAAAAAGUACCAGCUUUUACUCUUGAUCAGUUGCCAAUUCCACCAUUUGAAAGCGAAACUAAACGCACUUCGACAACAAUUACAAAAGCUGUCAAGCCGCAAACUGUCAAUAUAGUGGAAUCUGGUACAAGCGUGGCGCCACGACAAAGGCCUAAGGGAUCUUCAGCCGUCAACAUACAGAAACCGCUAGGAUUAGGUUUGCCACCAAGUCCUUCUCCACGUACCAAUAUUACAUCCCCUCAACCUCAACAACCAGUAGCGGAACAAUUUCAAGUUAACUUCCCCACCACUGCAAAUGUAGAUUUAUCGAAUACGACUACCGUGAAGAGCUCGUCCGAAGUACUUGUCAAUGCAACAAGCUCCAAUAAUAUCCCUUCCGAAAAAUUGAGUAGUUUGUUUGAUGCAACCGGGUUCCCAGAUCCAUUUAGCGAGUCUAUUGCGCCCCAAGCACAGCAAGAUGAAAGCGUGGAUAGAAAUAUUGUAUCUUCAAAGGACACAAGUGUGGAAUCAUCUAAUGUAUGCGAUCAACUUCUGUCGCCCCCAAAAACUUCCCUGCAAAAUGCUGCAUCUGGACAUCGUCGUAACGUUAGUGAUACUUCGGCUUUUAACAAAACGUUUGCGAAUGAAACUUCGCAGUUUCUUGCGCCAUAUGAUCAAUCUGUCAAGAGUCGCAGUGGCAAUAUGACUGAAGCUUCAGUUCCAGCAAACAAUUAUGGCGGUUCAAAUCCAGGAUUAUUUGUGCCUCCACCACAAUCAUCUAUUUCUAAUUCAGAACUAACAAGUACUUCUCAAACACAGCAAAUAAACCGUUCCACAAUGCGAGACACCAUAGCAGCUCGAGUUGACGUCUGGAAUCCAUUUGAAGAACAACCAUUUAGUCAAAUGACCGAAGAUAAUAUAUUUGAAGCUGAAUUCGAUAAAAUACGCCAAAGAGGAAGUCAAGGAAGUAUUAACACAAAGUCUGCCUCGACUACUUCCACUUUAACACCUACAGAGACAAAUGUGGUUGGCACUGGAUCUAAUUCUACUGUUCCCCCAGCUACUGUUUCCAGUUCAACAACUACAGUUGGAUCUACACAACAGGAAGAUCCUUUUGGAUCAGCACCCUUCAGUUUGCCUCCUGGUUUGAAGGAGAAGACGGCAUCCCUACGUAAAACUGGAGCAAAAUAUCUUUUGGCAAGCAAUAACACAAGCGGUGUUUUUGGUUCAAAUACAAGUCAUAUUGUUGGCAGUGGUCCUGGUAAUAUAAAUUUAUCAACAUCUUCAAAAUGGCUUCUAUCGCCGACGUUGGAGGUAAAUGAAGAAAGAACAUCCCUUAUAACCACUUUGAAAACAGACUAUGAUGGACAACCUCUACAACAAGAUGUCUCUUCAACAAUAAAUACCACUGGUACAUCAAUUGCUUUUGUAAAACUUGCUCUUGACGACCGAAAUAAAUAUGAAAAAUUACGUAGCAACGAAAUGGUGACCUCGGAUGACUCCGAUUCGGAAUUCUUCCAAGAAAAUUGCACUGCUAGUUGCGGUACCUCCAAAAAAGCAAUCUUUAAACAAAUUGUCACAAACAACAUUCCAGAUACAAUUCAUAAAAUUCAUCAGGCAGCAUAUCAUAAGGUAGACAAAACGCACAUUAAAGUUCCGAUUGUAAAAAAACUGAAAGAGAAAACAACAACAAAGAGACCGUCAUCAGCAGCUCACCAAGCUGCUCAGGAAGUAAAUGCAGUUUUGGAAGAACAUGAAAAACAGCAAAAGCAAGCCGAAAUGAUGGAAACUAUUGUCGAUGAUAUAAGUAAAUGUAAUGAUGACGCUGACUCCAUUGGUUCCGCUUCCGAUCUAAGGACAGAAGAUGACUUCUUCGAUGAGAAUCAUGUAAGUCAUAUAUCCCGAAAUAAUUGUAAAUUAAAACGACCCGAUUUGGACGGCGUAAGCGAAAGCGUGAAGACUUGCAGCUCAUCCGCAUACCAUGCCGAAUGUGAAUCGGUAACGACACACGAAGAUGAUAGUAGCCGCGUAGUGGUAAAAGUGCGUAUGCGAAAAAAAGACAGAAACUCUUGUGCUGCUUCCGCAAAUGAAGCCUUAGCUGUUGCAUCUGCCCUUUCGGACUUGAGCUGUGAACAAGAUGAACAUCCUUCAGAAUUCCUCAAUGCGUUUGGCGAUAAACCUCUACUUUUGGAUGACGAAUUAGACUAUGGCUCAGAGGAGACAGACUCUGCCUCCAAAUCUAUACCAAACGCUCACAUCGAUACCAACAUAAAUACAUUCGAAGAAAGUAACGCUCUUAAAAUUGUUGUUAAUUGCAAAGACCAAGACGAACUAGAUGUUUUUGCAAUGGCACCGUUCAAUAAAAAAGAAAUUGGGAAUAUCAAAAAGAAACUACAUGGCAAAUAUAGCUCCAGGAAAAAAUCUAUUGACACAGUUGCAGGGAAUAUUCCGGACUCAAGUACGGAAAUGUGGACAUCGACGCCCAUUAAAUGUUUUGUUAAAACAAGUGAAAAAGAUGGUCCAACCAUUGUUUCGGGCCCAGACCAAGUUUUAGACAAUUUUAAUGAACCUGUCUUUAACCCUUUCGAAUAUGUUGAUAACAAACAACGUAGUAACAACAUUCAUAAGGAAGUACAAAGCUCAUCCCUUUACGGAACAGUAAAAGUCAUUUCAAAUAAUCCUGUUGAACCCUUGAACUCGGUAUGCCCUAAAAGCAAUUUUUUUGAAUCGGAUCCAUUCAUCAGAAGUGCAGAAGAGUGUAGCAAAAAGAAAAAUAUGAAUCUAUACAAUCCUAAAGUAAAUAUCUAUAAAAGUUCUAAUACCACUAAAGAAGUCGGAACGGAUCCAACAGCUCAACUUGUAACUGUUAAUUCUUCCAUUAUUAUAAAUAAAACACCAGAACCAUAUAACGUGUCUAAGGAGGGCAGCAUUGUUACCAGGGCUCUAGCACCACAUAGUGGGUUGCCUGUAAAUGAGAAAAAAGAUCCACCUCCAUACGCCAAUGUGCCUAUAUUCCAACCAAAUAAGUCUUCACAUGUUGAGCUUCCACAAAGGCAAACUGUGGUAAAUAGUUCCUUAGGUACGCCAGAACUCCUAACGGGUUGUACUCCAUAUCCAUUGGAAACAUGCUAUAAUGAUGAUCAAACUAUUCUCCCUAUAGCAGACAAAACGUUGGUGCAAGUUACAGAAGAACGUAUGUCAGGUUUGUUACCAAACCAAGAAGAAGCGAUUUUUUCUCCAUCUAACGAUAUUGCUUAUGUUGACCCACGGGAAUUAAAAAGUUGUACCAUUGUUACUACAGCCACAUUGCCGGCGACAAAGCAAAAUGAGAAAAAGUCUAAUUUUGUUGCAAGAACUGUGCCUACAAAAUUUUACAAAAAGGUUUCUUCCGAUUAUUUACAUUCGAGUUUUAACACGAAAGAUUCAGCUUCAAACGUAAGCGUUAUUUCUUCAAAGCAAAAGCAUCAGCGUUCUCCAAAGUAUAAAGCACAUACCAAUGAGUGUGACGAUGAUGGAACAGGGAACAUAAUUCCAAACAUCACUGCAAAUUUACAAAAGAAUACGCUUUCUUCUUCAGCUAUUCCCUUUAAUCCAGCUUCAAAUUCGGCUAAGACGGGCUUUAGUAAUAUGUCAUUUGAGGAUUUUCCAUCUGAUAAUGAAACAGAAGGAACGCCCACAAAAACUGCCCUGCCAUUUGAAGUUCUGCGCCAAAACAAAAUUUCUCUGGAUGCAGACAAAAAAUUUGGUUCUCUAAAGCGACGUAGUAAUUUGUUUUCCUAGAAAACUGCUACAUGUUUCAGCUUAUGAUCACAGAAACCCUCAUAAAAUCUAAAAACACAAACAUUAGAUAUAACAUUCCAAACGGCCUUAAUACCAUUGCAUACUUUAACAUUUUCUGUUGAUCUUAAUAUAUAUAUAUAAAAACAUGCUCAUUGUUGAAAAUAUGGAAAAGGAUGUACGUUUCCGUAAAAGCUUAAACGAGUGCAACUCUUUAAAUGUUUAUUUAUUUUUAUACGAUCUGGUAUUGUAGUAAGAAACAAGCUGACUUGCUUCAUACAGCAAAUUAUGAGUAUGUUUCCUAAAAGAAGCAAUAUAAAAUGUAGCCACAGUGCUGACAUUCUGUUAAAAAAAUACUUAUUUGUCGACUUAGGGGAAGUAAAUUAUAGAAACAAUAUGCUACGCUCUAGCAACAAAUCUUACCAUAAAUUUCUACACAAAAUAUUUAUAAAAACUUGGAAUUUAUAACAUUAGCAGCUCUAUAUAAAUCAUUUAAACUUUAUCAUUAAUAUAAAUUAUAUUAUCACAUCAUGUUGUGGUGUAAUAUGUACCCAUUACGACCUAAUCGCUAACUAAAAUUCUGCGAAGUUAGGCUAAAGAAGCCUGGCACCUUUUGAUGGAAUUUAAUAAAGUUAUUUUUCUUGUAUCGUGUCCUUGCGGUCUUCAAUAAUAAAUACGCUAAAUAAUGAGGGCGUAUAAAAAAAGAUGGAAAGGUCGACCAAAAAUAUUUUUUAUUCAUGCUUUUAUUUAUACAGAGAUAACAGAGUAAUUAUCUCACAUUUUAUUAUUGAAUUUAACAACACAUAUAGUAUAUUAUUUAUCAUUGUCUAAGCAUUAUAAAUGUAACGUUGUUUUGACACAUUUGUUUCGUUUAUGUUAAUUAAAACUCAAAUAAAUAUUAUGUUUAACCAAAA